CUCGCUCCUUGACGCGACGACGGCACAGAGUCUUUCCGCCCUCCCCUGCACAUCAAAUCUAGGAAUACCCAGACCACGCAUCGCGAAAAGGAACUGGUGCCACACCGCUCCAGUGUAUGGUACACACCACAGGGUUCCGCCAUCUUUCUAACCUGCACACUCACGACCUGCCAUCAUGUCCAUGUCCAUGCCCCGAGCGGGACCGCCUCCGGUAUCACAUCUGUCGAUGAGCAGCGGCAGCGACUCUCGCUACAACAGCAUGGGUGGAACUGGUCCGGGCACUCCAGAUGACGUUCCUUACAACGGCGGUCCGUACGAGGCGGCGCGACCGGCGGGAACUUCUCCACCAUCUUCCAUCCACCCAGGAAGCUUUUCAGACUCAUCGCGACCGUCCGGAAGUGGUGCGAGCAGCGGCCAACGACCUCCUUCAUCCGCCAGCUCCGUGGGAAUGCUUUCCGCCGACGGCCGUCGUGGUCCCAUGAACAGAGACAGCUCCCGCAGUCAAAUUCGACCUGAAGGCGAGGAGGCGCUUUCAAGACACUACGUGGCGCUCAAGUCAUAUCUAUCACUCCAACUGCAUGACGAAAAGGGUCAAAUAAAACCAAACAGAGCGCGGGACAAGCUACUCCGACUUUCCAGCACCCAGUUCAUGGAAUUGAGUACCGACGUCUACGAUGAAUUGAUACGCCGCGAGGAUGAGCGCCUGCAACGAUUGGACAAUCCACCUCGCUUCUUGCUACCCAAGCAAAACUUCCACCCAAAACGCAAUCAAGCUCGACAGAAGUUGUCGACUCUCCCGAUUGAGCGCUUUCGUCAACUCGCCACCGACGUCUUUUUCGAACUCGAACGACGGAUCCCACGGUUUGUGGGAGGUGCCGAUCGUCCCAUGAGCAGUACUAGCAGUGGCUCAAGAGCCCCGAGCCGUGGAGGGAUGCGACCACCUCCACCUUUUGGACAGAACGGCCGACCGCGCAUGGGCCCGAACGGACCCAUGUCUCCAUAUUAUCCGCCGGGGAGCCCCGGAAUGCCCCCUGGCAAUCGACGCCCGAGUGAAGCGGGGUCGAUGGGAAGACCACUUCCCAAGACCUUUCAAAGCAGCACGAUCGUGCCGAACAAGAGUACUAUGGUUGAGGAUGACGAGGGAGACGACGACUAUACACACGACCGGACGCACUCCGGGGGGUCCUUUGCAGACCGAGCGAAAUUGGAAGCGCAGGAAGCGGAGAUCACAGUGCUCAAGGAGAAGUUGGAGGAUCUAGAGACCAAAUUAUCAGACGGUGGAAAUUCAGAUCAGUGGGCGAGCCUGCGAGAAGAGCUGGAGCAAAAAGUCCUGGAUGCGCAAGCUUUGAAUGAGAAACUACAGAGUGAGAUCGAUCAACUUCGGCAAGGCAGCUCGGGACGAAGCAUCGAGGAGCUCGAAGAACACAAUCGGGAGCUGCAAGCCAAGCUUGCUGAUGAUAACGCAAAGGCUGCCUAUGGCGAUCGCAUGGAACUUCUCGAGGAAGAAAUCGCCAAACAAGAGACCAUGAUGAACGAAGUCCGAUUGGAAGCCACGAACUAUCUCAAAGAGAUGCGAGAUCUCAGCCGACAACACGAUCAGGCGAUCGAACAGGAGGAGCGACUCGCCACUCGAGUCAAGCAGCUCGAAAAGGAGAAUUCCGAAUGGCGCUCGCGAUAUGCGAAAAUCAAAGCGCAGAACAAGUCGUUGCGUGCCUCCACGAUGGGUCUCGGCUUGUCUACGGAGCUGGAUCACAGCAGUCUGCUCCGACAGGAAGGAAUCAUCUCCGAGGGCGGACUCAUUCGUGACACGGAUGUGACUCGAUACCAGCUCGCAGUCGAAUCGCUGUUGCACGUUGCCCGCGGAGACAGCACUUCUGAGAUGCUUACCAGUGUCAAGAAUGUCGUGGUCAGCGUGUCUUCUUUGACCGCGGCGGUCGGGACUGACGGUUAUCCGACCCCUUCUCCAUCACCGCUGGGUCCCAACGACGGUCCUCAGCAUCCAGCGCCGAGUGUCGCCAAGAUCAAAGCUCGCGUGACAGGCACCGCCAACAGCCUCAUCACCGCCACCAAACAGCACGCCGCGGCGCAUGGUCUCUCGCCGGUUGUCUUGCUCGAUGCCGCAGCUUCCAAUCUCACUGCCGCUGUCGUUCAGCUGAUCAAGGCCGUCCGCAUCCGACCCUCUUCUCGCUCCGAACUCCACGACAUCGAAGCCGCCGAUGAGAUCCAGUCUCUAUACGGCGAAGAUGACGACCGCAUCCCUCAACACACCGUCGACGCACACGACACCCACCUCCACACCAUCCACCACGACCCACCCACCGCCACCCGCGAAGACGAAGAAGAAGAGGACGACCACUUCAACGCCUACAGCCCCGACGCCGUCGAACCCAUCGACCCCUCCCCAUCCCUCCUCCAACUCCAACCGAAAGCGUACCAACCCCGCCCCUCCUCCUCCCGCUCCUCCAAGCGCAACACAAACACCAGUUCGCGCUCCUCCUCGCGGCCCCCGCCCCUCCCCGAAAAGGACGUCCCCUCCCCAGCCCUCUCCCACGCCCCCAGCAGCACCGUCACCACGCCCAACCCCGCCAAGAAAGUCAACGGCGGCUGGUUCGCGUGGGGCAAGCGCGGCGACAGCCCGGACUCCUCGGCGGACGGCAGCGUCGACGGCUACGACGACCACACCGUCUCCGUCGUCGGCACCGCCGCGACGACCUCGAUCGACACCGUCGCAGCGCCGCCGCACCCCCCGAAUGGCCUGCAGACAUUGACCGCCUCGCAGUACAAACCUUACUCCCCCGGCGGAGCCCGGGCCUAGGCGUGUUGGGAAUUCCCGUGAUCGGCGGACGACGGAUGAUCGGGCUUUCUGCAGGGAUGGAUGGACGUGACGAUGUCAGAUAGAGACGGAGUUUGGAUGAAAUGGAAUUGGAGGACUCCCCCCCCUCCCCCGCUAUGUAUGAUUCGAUGGAUUCG